CACUCCGGCGAAUGCAUCGACGGAGGGGAAUUCAUCGUGCGUCCCCAACUCGACGCCUGCGUUGUGCUCGAGUCACUUCCACUGGAGGACCACAUCGAGCGAACAGCUCAAAUCACCGUCGACGCCUCGACCGGCAGUAUUUCAGCAGACGAAUCAUUCGGCCACAAGAAGACCCUCCUAAUGCCGUUUGUUAAGGUAAUUUUGUGA